AUGGGAAACUGCUGUGCCGCCCCAUCUGGUUCGCCCAAAGCGAAGAAGAAAAAGAACAAACCCAACCCAUUUUCGAUUGACUAUGGUGCUGCCAACGGAUCGGGCGGGCCGGACAAGCUGGUCGUGCUGAAAGACCCGACGGGCCAUGACAUAAGCGCUCGAUAUGAUCUUGGUCGGGAGCUUGGCAGGGGAGAAUUUGGGGUUACUUACCUAUGCACUGAUGUUGAGACUGGUGAGAAAUUGGCCUGCAAGUCUAUAUCCAAAAAGAAGCUUAAAACGGCUGUGGAUAUAGAUGACGUGAGGCGGGAGGUUGAGAUCAUGACACGCAUGCCCAAGAACCCGAACAUUGUGACCCUUAAAGCGACAUACGAGGAUGAUAGUGCAGUGCAUAUUGUUAUGGAGCUGUGUGAAGGUGGUGAGCUGUUCGACCGGAUUGUGGCGAGAGGGCAUUACACGGAGAGAGCAGCUGCGUAUGUGAUGAGGACAAUUGUGGAAGUCGUUCAGAUGUGCCACAGACAAGGAGUGAUGCAUCGUGAUCUCAAACCUGAGAACUUUCUUUUUGCAAAUAAGAAAGAAACAAGCCCCUUAAAAGCAAUCGACUUUGGUUUGUCCGUAUUCUUCAAACCCGGCGAGCGUUUUAAUGAGAUUGUUGGAAGUCCUUAUUACAUGGCUCCAGAGAUUUUGAAACGAAAUUAUGGCCCAGAGGUCGACAUAUGGAGUGCUGGAGUUAUACUUUAUAUUUUACUUUGUGGCGUUCCUCCCUUCUGGGCAGAAACUGAGCAAGGAGUAGCACAAGCGAUUAUCCGAUCUGUGAUUGACUUUAAGAGAGACCCGUGGCCUAAAGUAUCAGACAGUGCAAAGGAUCUCGUUAAGAAAAUGCUCAAUCCAGAUGCUGGCCGACGUCUCACCGCGCAGCAAGUCCUUGAGCACCCUUGGCUGCAGAAUAUAAAUAAGGCCCCUAAUGUCUCACUUGGUGAGACUGUGAAAGCAAGACUCAAGCAAUUUUCCGUGAUGAAUAAGCUCAAAAAGAGAGCGCUACGGGUCGUAGCCGAGCACUUGUCUGUGGAGGAAGUGGCUGGAAUUAAGGAAGCUUUUGACAAGAUGGACACUGGCAAGAAGGGUAAGGUUAACCUUGAAGAACUCAAAGUCGGUUUGCACAAGCUUGGCCACCAAAUACCAGAUACCGAUCUUCAGAUUUUAAUGGAAGCUGCGGAUAUUGAUGGAGAUGGAACAUUGAAUUACGCGGAGUUUGUUGCUGUUUCGGUUCAUCUAAGAAAAAUGGCCAAUGACGAGCACUUGCACAAAGCCUUUGGAUUUUUUGAUAGAAACAAAAGUGGUUACAUAGAGGUUGAGGAGCUACGAGAUGCUUUGAGCGAUGAAGAUGAUGCCAAUAACGAGGAAGUUAUCAUUGCCAUCAUGCAUGAUGUCGACACAGAUAAGGACGGGCGCAUAAGUUUUGAAGAAUUCGCUGCUAUGAUGAAAGCCGGCACGGACUGGAGAAAAGCAUCACGACAGUAUUCUCGGGAGAGAUUCAACAGUCUUAGCUUGAAAUUAAUGAGGGAAGGGUCUCUUCAAUUAGCUAAAGAGGGUAGAUAA